AUGUCUCAGCCCUCGCAAGCACCGACGAGGAGCGUGGUGCCGCCUCGAUCUACACAUGCGAGCUAUCAUCCGGGGGGUUACGGCGUCUCGGAAGGCCUUAAGCGAGCCAGAAGACCUUUCGCCGUGCGCAACGCAGUGACGGGAAGCGCCAUCAUGGCUUUCGCAGUGGGCGUCUACUGGUAUAGCAUCAGCAAGGUCAAGCAGGACGACUUCUCCGACUUAGCGGAUGUACGUGCUGCGGCGUCGACGAGCCAUCCGCAAAAGACUACCCAAGAUCAGUCCAAGAGGAUAUAG